AUGACUAAUCAACAACAGUCCUAUACUAUCUGGUCUCCCCAAGAUACGGUGAAAGAUGUCGCUGAAUCCUUGGGACUAGACAAUAUUAAUGAAGAUGUUUUGAAGGCACUGGCGAUGGAUGUUGAAUAUCGUAUAUUGGAAAUUGUUGAGCAAGCAGUCAAGUUUAAGAGACACUCAAAAACAGAAGUAUUAACAACAGGAGAUGUUGCUAAAGCUUUAAAAGUUCUUAAUGUUGAGCCUUUAUAUGGUUAUCAUGAUAAUUUAUCAUUCGAUAAGAAUGUUUCAUACACAAAAGUUCAUACUAGCGGAGGUCAAUCAGUAUACUAUUUAAAUGAGGAGGAGGUUGAUUUCGAUAAACUUAUCAAUGAACCUUUACCACAAGUGCCUCGUCUACCUAAUUUUUCCACACAUUGGUUGGCGAUUGAAGGUGUUCAACCGGCUAUUGUGGAAAAUCCAAACUUACUAGAAAUCAGAUCAUCCAUUCCACCAACUACGAGAGGUGCCAUAGUUACGGCUUUGAAUGAUAAUAGUCUACAGACUGCAUCGGGGUCAAGUUCGAGUGCAUUAACUUUGCAAGAAGAUAAGAUUUCACAACCGUUAUCGUCCGUCAAACCAGGUCAAAACACAGAAGUAAAGCCACUCGUAAAACAUGUUCUAUCUAAAGAACUACAGAUUUAUUUCAAUAAAGUUAUUUCUGCGUUGACCUCCAAAGAUCAAGAAGAUGUAAAUGCUCAACAUAUGAGAACGGCCGCCUUGACUUCAUUAAGAACUGAUAAUGGUCUUCAUCAACUAGUGCCAUACUUUAUCCAGUUUAUUGCUGAGCAAAUCACCCAUAACUUAUCAGACCUGGAAUUGCUGACAACUAUCUUGGAAAUGAUAUACUCAUUAUUGAGUAACCCUUCAAUUUUCCUCGAUCCCUACAUACAUUCAUUAAUGCCAUCUAUAUUGACACUACUACUGGCUAAGAAACUGGGUGGAGCACCGAACACAGACUCGAAGGACGACCUAACAGAAUUUUUAGAGAAAACCAAUGCUUUACGUGAUUUUGCAGCAUCUUUGUUAGAUUACGUGUUGAAGAAGUUCCCACAGGUUUAUAAAUCUUUGAAACCGAGGGUGACAAGAACAUUGUUAAAAACGUUCUUGGAUACAAAUAGGGUUUUCGGUACGUAUUAUGGCUGUCUGAAAGGUAUUACUGUUUUGGAAUCUGAGGCGGUGAGAUUUUUCUUAGGAAAUUUGUAUAAUUGGGCAAGAUUAAUUUUCAAUGAGCAAAAUAAUACAUUGGAAGAAUUUGAGAAAGCGAACAAUGUUAGCAGUACUCCAGAACAUGGGCAGCAAGAUGCAAAUGAAAAGGGAGCAGAAGAAAGAAAAACUGAUGAAUCAUCAGAGGGCAAAGAACUUGAGAAAAAAGCACAAAAUUUAUCUGUUUUUACCAAAUUUACCGCUGAUGAAGUAAAAUAUCUGGUUGAGACAGUUAUAGGUGCAUUGUGUGUGUUGAAAAAGGACUUACCAGAAAUAUAUGAAGGUAAAGAUGCAGAUGUGACAAGUGAAGAUAAAGAAAAAUUAGUCAAAAGGGUGGGUGUUACAAUUUCAAGCGCUAUAGUUAAGAGGGAAGAUGCUAAAGAACUCAUAUGUGCUAUCUUUUUUGGUGAGGAAUGA